AUGUCAUUUGGAAGGCCACAGUCUUUCUCGGAUUUGGUAAACACGCCUCCAGAUAGAGGUUCGUUCCCUCUGGAUCAUUAUGGGGAAUGCAAAGAGCAUAUGAAGGCGUACCUUGCCUGUCUACAGAAGAACGGUGCUACAUCUACACCGUGCCGUGCGAUGAACAAGAAUUAUCUGGAAUGCCGGAUGUCGAAGGGCCUCAUGGAGCGCGAUGACUGGCAUAAUCUCGGACUCGGCAAGGUCGGCAACGAGACUUCUGGUUCU